UUCCUUUUUCCUGAUAGUCACCUCUACCCCAUGGGACCAGGUAACAAUACACAAAUUUCAGAAUUUCUUCUUCUGGGACUUUCAGAGGAACCAAAACUGCAGCCCCUCAUAUUUGGGAUUUUUCUCUCCAUGUAUCUAAUCAUUGUGUUUGGAAACCUGCUCAUUAUCUUGGCUGUCAGCUCAGACUCCCACCUCCACACCCCCAUGUACUUUUUCCUCUCCAAUCUGUCCUUUGUAGACAUCUGUUUCACCUCUACCACCAUCCCAAAGAUGUUGUGGAACAUUCAGACCCAGAGCAAAGUCAUAACCUAUGAAGGCUGCAUCACCCAGAUGUAUUUUUACAUUCUCUUUGGAGAAUUAGAUGACUUUCUCCUGACAGUGAUGGCCUAUGACUGCUUUGUGGCCAAAUGCCACCCUUUGCACUACAUGGUCAUCGUGAACUCCCGGUUCUGUGGACUGCUGGUUCUGAUAUUCUGAAUAAUGAUUGCUAUGUAUUCCUUGUUACACAGCUUAAUGGUGUUGCAAUUGUCCUUCUGUCCUGAUGUGCAAAUCCCCCACUUUUUCUGUGAACUGAAUCAGGUGGUACAACUUUCCAAUUCUGACAACUUUUUAAAUAACAUGGUGAUCUAUUUCGCAGCUGUCCUGAUGGGUGUUGGUCCUUUUGCUUGUAUCCUUUACUCUUACUCUAAAAUAGUUUUCUGCAUACGAGGAAUCUCAUCAGCUCAGGGGAAGUAUAAAGCAUUUUCCACCUGUGUGUCUCACCUCUCGGUUGUCUCCUUAUUUUAUUGUACGGCCUUAGGAGUGUACCUUAGCUCUGCUGCUACCCACAGCUCACUCUCAAGUGCAACAGCCUCGGUGAGGUACACUGUGGUCACACCCAUGCUGAACCCCUUCAUCUACAGUCUGAGAAAUAAAGACAUAAAGAGGGCUCUUUCUAAGUAUUUUUUGAUUUCCUCUUUGAUUUCUUCAGUGAUCACUUCGUUAUUAAGUAGUGUAUUGUUUAGCCUCCAUGUGUUUGUAUUUUUUAUAGAUCUUUUCCUGUAAUUGAUAUCUAGUCUCAUAGCGUUGUGGUCAGAAAAGAUACUUGAUAUGAUUUCAAUUUUCUUAAAUUUGCCAAGGCUAGAUUUGUGACCCAAUAUAUGAUCUAUCCUGGAGAAUGUUCCAUGAGCACUUGAGAAAAAUGUGUAUUCUGUUGUUUUUGGAUGGAAUGUCCUAUAAAUAUCCAUUAAGUCCAUCUUGUGUAAUGUAUCAUUUAAAGCUUGUGUUUCUUUAUUUAUUUUCAUUUUGGAUGAUCUGUCCAUUGGUGAAAGUGGGGUGUUAAAGUCCCCUACUAUGAUUGUGUUACUGUCGAUUUCCCCUUUUAUGGCUGUUAGCAUUUGCCUUAUGUAUUGAGGUGCUCCUAUGUUGGGUGCAUAAAUAUUUACAAUUGUUAUAUCUUCUUCUUGGAUCGAUCCCUUGAUCAUUAUGUAGUGUCCUUCUUUGUCUCUUG